GCCAUUCACAAGCAGGAUUCAACCCAUAAAUCCUUCAUGAAAAACAUAUAACAUUUAUUCUUCUUCGACGCCACCACACAACUCGUCUUGCCCUGAUUGCCUCCUAGUUCAAGCGUUCAUACUGAGAAAUAACCAUGUCUGAAGGACCGAAACAAACAAAGUAUACUGCCACAAGGCGGCUGCUCUUAAAAAGCAAAUUAUUGAAGGCGGCCACAUCUAUGCUGGCAGCUGAAAUAGAGCAGAACAAAAGAGAGAGGGAGGAUGCUCUUAAUGAGAGGGUUCCUCCUCUCAACCUAUCUGGUCUGUCUGCAAAGGAGCUCCAGGAACUAUGCAAAGAGCUUCACCGCAAGAUUGAUAUCGUUGACGAGGCUUGUUAUGAUCUUGAAAUGAAAGUGGCUAAAAAUGAAAAAGAGAUCCAGUCCUUGACCCAGAAGAUUUGGGAAAUGAAGGGUACAAAGCAACGAACCAAACUGAAGAAGGUUAAGAAGUCACAUGAUGCCAAGCUCGAUGCGCUGACUGAAUUCAAAAUGUCAGCAAAGUCAGAUUUCAAAGCCAACCUGAAGACAGUAAAGAAAGAAGAUGAGAAGAAAGAAGAAGUGACUGACUGGCGUAAGAAUGUGGAGGCCAUGUCUGGAAUGGAGGGCAGGAAGAAGCUGUUUGAUGCUGGACAGUAAAAAAAAAACUACAAAGUAAACUUGUCACUUGACAUCCAGCACAUUUAUUACCUGUGUUGCUGUAAAAAACAACAAAAAACCUGUGUUGCUGUACUUCUCAGACUCUGUAACAAUAAAUGUGUACCAAGAUGAGAAGGCUUCCAAUAUACACAGUUUGAAGCAAGAAAAUCCAAAACAUACAAAUAUGAUGUCUUGUGACUAAUAAUGUCAAUUAAGCACAGAAAAACUGUUUAUAAUGUUCAUAGGUUUAAGUGUUUUGUAGGUGACUUUAGGACUUAGCGUGUCUUUACCAGCUGUCCUUUACUGCAAUUUAUGGACAGUCUACAAAUGUGUCUACAUCUGAAUCUAAAUUUGAUACUUUGUAUAUUAAAUGUUAAAUACAUGAUAUAUGCAUGAGAGCUAUAAUGAGACUGGAAGUGAAUUGUAUGCAAUGUUGUGAAAUAGUGCUGUUCAGGAAUAAAAGAUGUCAGAUAUUGUGUAACACGUUCUACACUACUGGAAGUAAAAAUUUCAAUGUAAUGGCAUUCCAAAAUUAAAUGACCCCAUGCGACAAAGAAACGUGUUGUGUCACCAUGCAAUUUCCUUGCAAAACAAAUACUGUCCUUGAAAUGCAUUGCUGCACUUGGUUGUGUACCUUGCAAGUGCAUAACUGGUUUUAAGUUACCACAUGCUAUGUGCAUAUUUACCCAAAUUCAAUGUAGCGAUGGUAUCCUUUAUUUGUAUCUCACACUCUACGGAAACCCUUUGGGAACCUACUGGAAAUGUAAACAAGAUUGUACGAGUAUAAAAAGUGACGAGACAGCACAUACCCUUCAUAUCUUCAUGUUGUUCCAUAUUAAACUGCU